CCGCCCACACGCAGCCGCUUUGCUUUGUUUAUAUAAGCAGAACGAGGUUAAUGUUAGACGGAUGUUGGAGUCGGGUAACGUUUAACUUUUGCUCUGUCGGUUUCCUGAAGGCUUUUUACUGACUGAAAGGUUUUGGACAGUUUCCCAACAGAAGCAGUGGAUUAAGCCGUUAUAAACAUGGCUCAGGAGGAAAGACAUUUAAUGGCUUAAGCGGCUGGUAGUAGUGGUUCCCAAUGAGACGUCCUUCCUGUCCCGCCGUGUGUUUACAAGUGAGGAUGAAGCCUGGAGGACCUACCUGGAGAACCCGCUCACCGCAGCCACCAAGGCCAUGAUGAGCAUCAAUGGAGACGAGGACAGCGUGGCAGCUCUUGGACUUCUGUAUGAAUACUACAAGGUUCCAAAAGAAAAAAGGCUCGUGUCUGUUGCUAAAUUUCCAGAGGAAGAAAAAAGAAUAUGCAUGCACCACCAUGGUGGUGGGGAAUCCAUGAGUGAUCGUGCUCAAGGCACUAGAUCUCCCCCAGUCAAUCUCUCAGUCAACCCAGAUUCUCGUGAUACAAGUCUUGCUUCACCUCUGUAUAAUGGAUUACCAGCAGAGGGGGGAGUAGUGGCCUCUGUAAAGUCAGAGGUGUAUUCUAACCAGCAGCAAGAGAGGCAGCCAUACCAUCAUGUGGCCUACCAGCAGUCCACUCAGGAGGCACAUGGCAGUUAUGGCAAGGAAGAACCAAAAAGCAUGCCAGAUAGCACCUUUGAAGACACUCUCAAUGGCGAGAAUGUGAAAUUCAAAGUGCCCACCACUCUAAGGGUCCAAGACUCUCUCUUUGAGCAGCCUGGAGUGAAUACAUUCCAGUACAAUAUAGAAGCAAGCCGCUCAGCUCGGCAGAAACCUGGUGAGGGUCCAAUGAUCUAUCUGAACAGAGGUCAGUUCUAUGGCAUCACUCUGUGUGAGGUGGGCAUCAGUAAAGGCUUGUGCCAUCCUAUCAGCAGAGUGAGGAGUGUGGUGAUGGUGGUGUUUGGAGAUGAGAAAUGUCGCGAUGAGCAGUUGAAGCACUGGAACUACUGGCACACCCGUCAGCACACUGCCAAACAGAGAGUCCUGGACAUUGCUGAUUACAAAGAGAGCUUCAGCACGAUUGGGAACCUGGAGGAAAUCGCCUACAAUGCAGUCUCUUUCACCUGGGACAUUAAUGAGGAGGCAAAGGUGUUUAUCACAGUGAACUGUUUGAGCACAGAUUUCUCCUCUCAGAAAGGAGUGAAAGGGCUUCCGCUUAUGAUCCAGAUUGAUACGUACAGCUACAACAACAGGAGCAACAAACCAAUUCACAGAGCUUACUGCCAAAUCAAGGUCUUCUGUGACAAGGGAGCUGAGAGGAAGAUUCGUGAUGAGGCAAGAAAGCAGAUGCGGAAAAAGACAAAGGGUCAUGUGGCUGGAAUACAAGUUCACAAUGAUCUGGCAGCUAAAAGAGGAUGUCUUGGAGCAUUAUUGCAGAAGAGGUCAGACAUCACACAUUUCAAAUCCAUAACAGACCUGGAGUCUCAGCCAGUGCUGUUCAUCCCUGAUGUUCAUUUUAGUAACAUGCAGAGAGCUGCACAGAUGUUUGGAUAUAGUACUGAGGAAAUGGAUAGUGAUUGUGUGAUGAUGAAGAGGGCAUUCAGACAGCCGGAGGAUGAUCGCAGCCUUCCGCCAGCCAAACAGAGCAAAAGUGUAGCACCAAGGAGAGUUCUGCUGUAUGUAAGGAAAGAGUCUGAUGAGGUUUUUGAUGCAUUAAUGCUCAAGUCUCCAACAGUGAAGAGUUUGAUUGAGGCUAUAUCAGGCAAGUACGCCCUCCCUGUUGAGAAGAUGAGUAAAAUCUACAAGAAGAAUAAGAAAGGGAUUCUGGUCAACAUGGAUGAUAACAUCAUUGAGCACUACUCCAAUGAAGAUGCAUUUGUACUCAACAUUGAGCCUCAGGCAGAGUGCUUUCAGAUUACCCUCACAGAAAUCUAAUGGCUGCAUUAUUAAGACUCCGAGGUGGACUUUAUAAUGGCCUUCUCAUCAACCAGUUGGAGAACAACAAAUCAAAGGUGGAUAAAGCAGGGGGAAAUAAGAUGUAAUCAGAGAAUGAUGUAGAUUAUCUACAAAUGGGUGGCAGACUGUGACACGCCUUUUGUAUUUUCUUGUCUUUUUUUCUCUGUGUUUAAGCUCACGCAAAAGCAGAAUUAUCCCUACAGUUUAGCUGUAGUAUUGUUUGUUCUGGAAAUAACUAGCCUAACAGGUUCUUUUAAGUAGCUUUCAGUAUUCUGCUUUUUAAUCCACCCGCAUGAAAUUACCCAGAUGGAGGGAAAAAAACAUCACACACUUGUACAUUCUUAAAUAUUUCUCUACUAGGGACUCUGCCGUCAUACACUCUUACCUGGCUAAACUGUGUCCCAUUUUCACUUUUAUGUGUUAGGGUGUGUGUAGCUUUCAGCUAUGUUUGCAACGUGUGUGUGUGUGUAUAUAGUGUGUGUGUGUGUGUGUGAGAGAGAGAGAGAGAGAGAGAGCGUGUGUGUGUGCUUGCGCGCGUUUAAGUAAUGAUUAAUAAACAGUAUUUUUUUUUC